AUGGCCGACAUGGCGAUUCCUACAUCGUUUGACAUUUUGAAUUCGACUGGAGGCGUACGGGCAUGGCGGGGUGGGAUGAUGUCUGAGUUGAUUUAUGGCGACAAGCGAGUAUGCGACAUUUCAUAUUCAUCCUCGAACCCCCACCCCCUGGGGCGCACGUUUUCACCCGAUUUCUUGUGGAACAAGCAUCCAUCAUUCCUUUUUCUUUAUUGCGACACUACGAAACCACACGACUACCCAUCAUCUGCAUCACAUCACACGUCUUCUAUUCGCUGCGGCCACCAUUCCUCUGCUUCGCCAACGACCAGAGGAAUGACGAAGAACAUGAAGCCUUUACGCAAUAUGCUAUCACGACCUAUCAUCACCUUGACCUCACCAAACGAAUUAUUUCCUGCCGACUACUGUACUGCAUAUUGUCCACCUGUAAUGAGAGAAAAAUCCACAAGAAGGGGAGAGAGGAGUCGUACCCGGACGCACCUGAAGUGGGAGGAGGGGUAUACCAUGCCAAAAUCUGCGGAAGAUGGGACGAGUUGGAGUUUGGCGGCUGGAGAAGAAAGAAAGCGAGGAGUUGGGCGACAUUGUGUCAAAGACGGCGUUGUUUGCAUUGCAGCCAAGAGCAGUGUUGGUUAG